UUCCGGUGUUGUGUUGAUGAACGUCCCUGCCAACAUGGCGGUCAGCAUCCGCGGCCGUCCGACCCGGAGUGUACGGAUGAGAGGUCGGAAUGACAGCGGGGAGGAGAAUGUACCGCUGGAUCUUACGCGGGAAUCCUCCGAUAACAUGCGUGAGAUCCUUCAGAACAUCGCCAAAUCUCACGGGGUUUCCAACAUGAGGAAGCUUGGCCACCUGAACAACUUUGUUAAGCUCCUGAACAGUGUAAGUCACUGUGAAGAGAAAUUAGGAUUUACAUAUGAGGAAAUCAUCAUUUGUCUGCGUGUGGCGUUGCUGAAUGAGGUGAAGGAGGUUCGGGCUGCGGGUUUGAGAGCACUAAGGUAUCUGAUCCGUGACAGCAGCGUCCUCCAGACACUUCUUCAGCUGCAGGUGGAUUACCUGAUCUCCAGGUGUGUUGACAUUCAGCAGAGCAAUGAGGUGGAGAGAACUCAAGCCCUCAGGCUGGUCAGAAAGAUGAUAACAGUGAACGCACAGCUCUUUCCCAGCUCUUUGACAAACUCUCUGAUCGCGGUGGGGAACGACGGGCUACAGGAGAGAGAUCGCAUGGUUCGAGGCUGCAUCGCCAUCAUUUGUGAACUUGGCUUGCCGCGAUAG